AUGUCCUCGGCCGCGUCUGUACUAGCGCCCCCGGGGCAGAUACCAAGCUGGCUGCCCAGUCCAUUACAAGAGUCAUAUAUACAGAAAGUGGCAAAGGAAAUAUCGUACCGCGAAGCCAUCAGGGUGGAAUGCCACGAUCCACGAUCUCCAGAAUCUGCCGCGUCUCCAACCUGUGCGGCAGCGUAUUGCACAUCCGUGGCCAAAACUGCGACAAAUUUACGAUUUAAUCGCUACACGGACGUCGUUCCAUACGAUAGAACACGCGUUGUUCUUUCGGACGGAGCGUACCUCAACGCCAGCUGGGUACGCGAGUUCGCCGGUGGACGCUGGACAGUGGCAACACAGGCGCCCUUGGAUAGAACAGUCCACGCAUUCCUUUCCAUGUUUCUACUCCCAGUCGCCCCUCCUCAAGAUCAUACACAGCCGACUCCAUCCAGCAUACCAGCCUCGAAUCGUCUCCGGACCAUUGUACAGCUUACGCCGAACGUCGAGGGUAAUAUCAACAAAGCCUUUCAAUACUUUCCUAGGACGGUUGGAGAGACCCUAACGUGGUCACCAGCCAAAGGAGUGUCCUCGCCGCCGAUCAAGGUCAAGCUCGUCCAGAGUGUAUCACCUGAGGAAGAAGGAGAACAGCCCUCAUGGAUUCAUUCGGUCUUGGCCUUGUCUUACGAAGGUCACCAUGAGCCACCGCACCUUGUCAGACACCUUCAUUUCCUGGGAUGGCCUGAUCACGGUACCCCGCGGGACGUUCGAUCUCUCCUUCAGUUUAUGAAAUUCGUCGAUGCUUGCAACGCAGACACGACUCACGCAGACGCAGCGCAAAAUCCAGACCCGCCGAUAGUCAUAGGAUGUAGCGCUGGAGUGGGCCGUACGGGAACAUAUAUCGCUCUCAGAUCGCUCUUUCACGCGCACGGCUUGAACCAACCAAAUCUUUCUCCACCAAGCCAGUCAGAAACCCCAACAGCAAACUGGACUGGGGCAGUUCUUUCACCGUCACCUCUGGGCCCCCUAAGUCCUGCAUUGCAACAAGACAAAAUUGCACUCGAGGUGGAUGCCCUCCGAGAGCAACGGCCAAUGAUGGUACAGAGCGUAGAUCAAUUGAGAUUCCUCUAUACUACGUUUAUCGCCGCGUUGGAACUGGAGGGUCGAAACAGAAUGAGCGAUUCAUAG